CUUGCAUCCAAGGACCACUUAUCUGUACUAUUACCGUGAUAGCGCUUUUAGUGAGGUACGGCUUCAUCCGCAUCGUAACACACUGUUCUUGUAGGCCGGCAGGCCGGUAAGGACCUGGCAUGGCAUCAUAUGAGAAUAGGUAUCCUUCAGAGGUCUUAUUUGCAUGAUGACGGUCAUCUACGCAAUCUAAUUUUAUUUUAUGUGAUAGACAGAUUCCCUUAAGAUUCCUUUCGUUAGUAUGGCGCGUGCUUGGCAACUCUGGCUUUCACCACGCCCGUUGCGGCGGACGGAUACUCCCGCCGAGCCAUGUAUGCUUUCACCAAAUGAUGCGGCGCUCUUUGAGUUCUUGUACGAUGAUAAUAAUCGUUUGAUCGUGAGAGAAACUCACUACGCGAACAACAAGGCUGUACAGGAUGGAGUCUCUGGCCCAUCAAUGCAUAUCCACUUACGACAGACUGAGUACUUUGAAGUUGAGCAGGGCACGUUAGGCGUUGUUAGAAACGGGAAAGAAGUCUUACUUACGAAGGACGACGGGGUUCUCGAUAUUCCUCCCGGUACCCGACACCGAUUCUGGGCUCACUCAACAACCCAGCAUGAUCUUAUUUUCAAGGUUUGGGCUGAGCCCCAAGAUGUUCAGCAUGGCUUCGACGAGAAUUUCCUGCGCAACUACUUGGGGUAUCUCCGCGACUGUCAGCAGCAGAAUAUCAAACCAUCCGUUUUUCAGGCAGCACUUAUCUACUCAGCUAGCGACACGAUCUUCAUUACCCCCCGUUUUUGGGUCCCCAUAUGGAUUCUCAAGGUAAUCCAAUAUGUGGCGGUUCAUCUGGUAGGAGAGCUAUUAUUAGGGUAUAGAUCAACGUACCCUGAGUACAAUACGAAGUCGCGAGGCUAGUACCAUAGCAAGAAGAAAACUGUUGAACUAAAUAGAGUGGCGGCGUUAGGGACCUGAUCAGCUCGGCUAUGCGCGGCGUGACACCACCACAAUCCUUCAAGGCUUUAUCGUCUUUAUUAGCAGGCAUAAAAAUAAAUGAUUCUACAAAAAAUUGAUUGCUCACACUACCAUGAUACAUACCUACCUACGUACUUAGGUGAUUAUCGGAGUUCAGAACAAUAACAAGUGGAAGUGCCACCACAAGAGCUGAC